UCUCAGUCGGAUAAGAGCGGCUCGAGGAGCUGCAGCCCGAGCAACACGCGCCCACGAGAGCGCACACCUUAAUGUUUAUGUGAAUGUUUAAUUCUCCGAGAGUAAACAGCUACAACAACAGCGGAGUAAGGGACGUGGAAAAGAGACCCAUACGGUCGUUGGACCGAGUUUUUUACCGGUUGUAGGGCGCCGUUGUUCCGCGCUGUCGGAGGAAAAAACCCCGUGCGCAUUCCUCCACGCAGAGAGCCAGAGAGUGGACGGGGAAGGAGAGCUGGAAGCGGCCUCUUCACACGGUGGACCCCUCAAUUCACCCGCAGCAGCUUGUUACAGACGUGCUGUCUGGUAGUUUUGGCUCUAUCUGAGACUCUGUGUUUGUUUUUGACGCCCUAAUGACCCACAGCACAUUAUGAGGUCGUUGCUUUGAUGAAUAAUUUACGGUCUCUCGGUCCGAGGCUCUCGCUGCGACUGCCAAGCGUCCGCUGGCUGCGCCUGACGCCGCCUGAACGGGCCCCGAUGGUGGACUAGAGUGAAAAGCCACAACCUCAACACGGACUUAAAUUUGGAGAGCAGAUUUUUUUUUUUAAAAAAAAGAAUAAUUCUUCAGUACUCGUCUGGGUGCUGCUUUGAAGCGCGGAGCUCCGUAGUCAUGUUGCCGAGCCGGUGGGGGAGGAGAGACGGAGCCCCCAGUACUUCGACGCCGAUCCAGUGUCACUCCAGUUGCGGGUUUAUUUUAUGAGCCUCAACAAAACACCAUCCGACACUUUUUCCCCCUCAGAAGCGCCAACAUCACCCAUUGUCAUCUUGUUGGUCAUGUAAGAAUGACGCGGAUGCUUCUUGCUACAACGCCUUUAUAUGAUCUCAGCAGCCUAAGUAUCUUCUUUAUACCUCAAUCUUUAAAUAACUGUUUUGGAGAACUGGCUACCUCCUUGUUUUACAUCAGAUCUGAGUUAUAUAAUACAGAGAAAUAUCUGUAAGUCGAUGAACUCCGUUUUCACUGAACUGACUUAAAUACCUCAUGAAUCUACCUCAAAUACCAGAUUGUUUUCCACAUAACACAACGGGCCGAUGUGUCCCCAAAUGAAUACCUCAACUGUAAACUGAGCCUGUGUUUCAGUCACACUGCAGAUGGCUUCGUUUCCAGACUCGGACCUGCAGACGUGCCCGCUCUGCAAGGAGCUGUGCGGCUCCUCUGCUCCCAUCUCCUCCAGCUCUUCUACCUCUUCAUCGUCCUCACAUACCUCGUCCUCCUCCAGCCAGACCACCAGGAGGCUUCACGUCCUGCCCUGCCUCCAUGCCUUCUGUAGGCAGUGCCUAGAGGGCCAGCGCAGUCCCGGGGACCCGCUGAAGCUGCGGUGCCCCACUUGCGACCAGAAGGUGUCCAUCUCAGAGGCCGGGGUGGACUCCCUGCCUUCCUCCAACUUCCUCUUCAGCAACCUGCUAGAUGUGGUGGUGAGCUCCGAGGAGCAGAUCCAGAACAAGAACGGCCACCAUCACCACCGGGGAGGCUUAGGUGGUGGCUCCUCCGGCUUCCAUCACCCCCAUGGAGGCCUGCUGCACCAGCACCACCUGGGAGAGCCUCAGUGCAGCUCCUGUGAUGAGGAGAACCAGGCUACCUCCCACUGCCUCGACUGCCAGGAGUACCUGUGUGACAACUGUGUGCGGGCACACCAGCGGGUGCGGCUGACCAAGGACCACUUCAUUGAGCGCCUGGGAGAGAACCUCCACCUGGGUCGGGUCAACGCCAACAGCAACCCGGGCCAGCCUGGGGUGUCGGUGUCCCUCGCCCAGUCCCUGCAGAACAACUUCGCCCUGUUGUCUCUGUUCCAGGAUCGCAUGAGCUUCUGCCAACACCAUGACAAUGAGGUGUUCCUGUUCUUCUGUGAAACCUGCUCCGUGCCUAUCUGUAGAGAGUGCAGCAUGGGGCGUCAUAUGGGCCACACCUUCGUUUACCUGCAAGACGCUGUACAGGACUGCAGGGCAAUCACCAUCCAGCUGCUGGCAGAUGCACAGCAGGGACGACAGGCCGUGCAGCUAAGCAUGGAGAAGGUCCAGGCCAUGGCGGAGCAGGUGGAAAUCAAGGCUAAGGUGGUGCAGACUGAAGUGAAGGCCCUUGUCCUCAGACACAAGAAAGCGCUGGAGGAGAGGGAGUGUGAACUACUGUGGAAGGUGGAGAAAAUCCGUCAGGUGAAGGCCAAGUCUCUGUACCUGCAGGUGGAAAAACUGCACCAGAGUCUGACCAAGUUGGACAGCACCAUCGCUGCUGUCAGCCAGGUGCUGGAUGAGGGCCGCCACCUAGACGUGCUGCUGGCCAGGGAGCGAAUGCUUACCCAGAUCCAUGAACUAAAGGCCCUCAGAGGCCUGCUGCAGCCACAGGAGGACGACCGCUUCAUGUUCACUCCUCCAGACCAGGCUCUGUACAUAGCCAUCCAGUCCAUGGGCCUGAUCAGCAGCGGAGCCUUUGCCCCGGUCACCAAAGCCCAUGGUGAGGGUCUGAAAAGUGCGCUUCGUGGCAAGCCUGCCUCCUUUACUGUGAUUGGAUACGACCAUGACGGCGAGCCACGUCUUUCUGGCGGGGACACGGUGUCUGCAAUAGUCAUGUCCGUUGCCGAAGGCGACCUGUCUGCAGCGGAGGUAACGGAUCACCAGAAUGGCUCGUACACCGUCAGUUACCUGCCCAAAUGUGAGGGGGAGCACCUUGUGUCAGUGUUGGUGUGUAACCAGCACAUCCAAGGCAGCCCCUUCAAGGUAAUCGUGAAGUCAGGACGGAGCUACGGGUCCCUGGGCUCCCAGGUGUCAUCCUUUGGGUGCGAAGGCGAGGGAGAUGGUCAGCUAUGUCGUCCCUGGGGAAUCAGCGUGGACAAGGAGGGAUAUGUGGUGGUGGCUGAUCGCAGCAACAACCGCAUACAGAUAUUCAAGCCCUGUGGUGCCUUCCACCAUAAGUUUGGCUCUCUGGGUUCUCGGCCUGGUCAGUUUGAUCGUCCAGCUGGGGUUGCAUGUGACAGUCAGAGACGAAUCAUCGUGGCUGAUAAGGACAAUCACCGUGUGCAGGUGUUCACUUUUGAGGGCCAGUUCCUGCUGAAGUUUGGGGAAAAGGGUACCAAGAAUGGGCAGUUCAACUAUCCCUGGGAUGUGGCUGUCAACUCUGAGGGUAAGAUCCUGGUCUCUGACACCAGGAACCACCGCGUCCAGCUCUUCGCCUCUGACGGCUCUUUCCUCAACAAGUACGGCUUUGAAGGGGCUCUGUGGAAACACUUUGAUUCUCCCAGAGGAGUGGCCUUUAACCACGAAGACCACCUGGUGGUGACUGACUUCAACAACCACCGGCUCCUGGUCAUUCGGCCGGACUGCCAGUCAGCUCGCUUUCUGGGCUCUGAGGGCACUGGGAACGGGCAGUUUCUGAGGCCCCAGGGCGUCGCUGUGGACCAGGAGAACCGCAUCAUUGUGGCCGACUCCCGCAACCACCGAGUCCAAGUAUUCGAGCCCAACGGAAACUUCUUAUGCAAAUUUGGAACACAGGGGAGUGGCUUCGGACAGAUGGAUCGCCCCUCCGGUGUGGCUGUGACGCCUGACGGAGUCAUUGUGGUUGUUGACUUUGGAAAUAAUCGCAUCCUCAAGUUCUAAAAAUGUAUUUUUGCAUUCUCUCCCUCCGUUUGCCCUUUUGCAGUUUUUUCAAUGAAGGAAACGGAGGAGAGAGAAUGAAUCAGAAAACAGACACAACGGGAGGAGAGCUCUUAGAGGAUUGAGAGCAUGUUGAUGUGAAGGGAAAUUAAAACUAAAUAUUAUUUUUCUUCAUUACAUUAAUAUUCUCCAAAUCUGAUAUCUGUGGUAUGUAUGACAAAGGGGACCUCUACAAAUUGAUAAUCAGUAGAAAAAGAGCCAUUUUUCCCUUCCCCAGUCUCAGCUGCUCUUAAUCCUUUCUGGAAGCUUUCCUCAAGUAUCCUUCUCAGGGAAUUUCUCACUUUUCUUGAAAUCUUGUACCCUCUGCUCCAUACCUACCUCAUUUAGCUCUUUAUGAAUGUACUCAUAGUCAAUGAGCAGAGGUUUAGUCCGUGAAGUUUUACAAAGAAGAAAAGUCUACCUCUAUACUUUGUUAUUUAAGAGAGACAAAAAGAAUAGACUCUUCAGUUGAUAUUUGCACAGGAUUAAUGGAAUUCUUGCUGUGCAUUUUGAAAUAUGAGUUAAGUGAACCUCCUGAAUGUUGUUGCUGGGACAAUACUCAGACCGCUGUAGAGGCUGCAUGAUUUAUUCUCAUUAGAAGGCUUUGCUCAGAGAGGAAACGUGGGUAAAGUAGUGUCCUUUCAUGUUUUUAGGCUAGUUAGUUUUUUGCUUCUGCAUUGACCCUCUCUCUUUGUGGCUCUGCAGAGUUUGUAGUAUCAUGAUAGCCUAAGAAGAAAGCGCAAAGCCAUGCCAAACUUGAUAGAAUCAACAUUAGCUCAGGUCAUGGUAGGACUGAUUAAAAUGAUCAGUACUUUUCAGAAUCUCCCUCUAGCUUUACUGGCUAAUUGAUUAAUAGUGGAUGCUGAUUUGAUAAAUUCACUGAUGAGCAAAAAUGUUAAGUUUAGGAAAUAAUCUCCAAAAUAAUCCCUAAAAUGAUCCCCAAUGUAAACCCUGUAAUGAAUUUAUCCAAAGUGUUUGAUCAUCCAUACACCCCGGCCCCAAAAUCGUGUCUCGUAAGACUGGAAAAACUAAUGUUUUUGAUAAAAUAAGACAGCCUGUGGCAUAACUAUCCAGUCAGUUGCAUGAACAACUAAGAUGCAAAGAUUAGUAUGCAAGAACAGCUGUGUCUCCUCCAAAAGGGAGGACCCACCAAAGGAUAUUGGAGAUGAAUUUUCCAAGAUCUGGAUCUAUUAGUGAUCUUAACGUAGAGAUUUAAUCAUAGAAUUGAAUGACACCUUUUUCGAUGAGGCAUGUGUGACAAAAGCCUCAGAAGUUGACACCUAAUUUGGCCGUCCAGAGGACAUUAAUGACAUCAAAUUAAAGGCCUAACUCAACAAUCCUUUGGAUGUAGAUUGUGGUUGAAAGCCACAUCUUUUGGCUCUUGGGGCCUAGGAUUUAGUCCAGUCCAAUGAGAGGGCGCGAUCACAAAGCCCUGCCCUAUUAUAUUGAUGCUUGGAGUUGAGGAGACCUCUCCAGAUCGAGCGCUAGUAGACCAGUACUCUAAAGAUGAAGGUCUCUAGACCAACUACUAGAGUCAACCAAAGUUAGAAUUUCUGCACAAUGGCCAACAGUAGAUUUGGCAAUUAAAGAAACAAAAAAAAAAACCCUUUAAAGACAUUUUUAAAAAUAAUCAUUGUUGUUGGGAAGUCUAAAGUUCACAAAACUCCAGAGGUCAUAGCACUGUCCAUGUCAGGCUUAAAACUAGUGUGCUUGGGUCACAGUUUUAUUGUGCAUGAGUACUUUCACAUCCUGCUAAGAUGAGGCCCUCGCUGUGAGAGGCAGGUUUUGAAAGAAGAUCCUUUCAUCUGUCUGCGGAGAUGUUUGUGUGGAGAACAGAAGAUACCCGCACCAAAGAGAACCCCUUUCUACCCCUUGCAUUUUUUUUUGCCUCAUCCUAUCAAACAAUGCCCCAGAUCAAUACCCCGUGUUUAUUAAUAUUAGGCGGCCUGUAGACUCAAAGUAGCAUCUCAAAUUAUCCUUUGUAUCCCAAACUAAUUACUAUAGAAGCAAAUUGAUGCUAAUUCUUUGUGGUGAAAGCAUUGUGGGAGCAUUGUGGGGUUUUGAAUCCCCUUGCCCUUCGUUCAAUCUGUGUCCCACUGGCAGCACUAGACCAUGAAGGUUCUGUUAGCCACUUCCUUAGCCUAGCAAAGAAUCUUGGGACCUAUGAAAAGAUUCACCGACAGGCUCUCACCUCUGAGGAGAGGGCCCGUCUGCACAUGAUCAGGAUCUACAUCCUCAUAUCUCAGAUAUCCUUUACCUCAAUGGUCGUUUUACCUCUUUUUUUUUUUUUUUUUCUCGUAUACCUCAACUGCAAAAUACCUCAAGUAUGUCACUCAUAGCUACUGUGCAUUUAAACAUUCAAAUACCUCAACUUGUUACUCUCAUUCUGAAUACCUCAUUUUUACUCUUGUAUUUAAGCAUACCUCAUCAGAUAUUUAUACAUCACAAAUAUACCUCAUUCUUUGACUCUUGUGUUACAGUACAGUACAUGUCCCAUAACUCUAGGACCAAAGAUCAUGGUACUGUUUCAAGCCGAAAUAAAAUUAGUGUUAUGGUCAUCUUCCAUCUUGCAGCCCUGAACAGCUUUCGGUUUGUUGAAUCUACUGUAAAUUGCCUGGUAAACUUUGCCUUUUAUCACCAAGAAACCAAAUAUUCAGAUGAAAGCAUUGUGCCAAAAUGAUCUCUGAGAGUUCUGUGCCAAACAGGGUUGGCAUCUGGACCACGCUGUUGUAGACGACAAACGUCACUGGACCAUUAUAUCAGAGAUACAAAUGUUAAAUCAGAGCGCCUCAGGAUAAAUCCUCGCGCUCUGAUUGGAUGCACUUAAGAGGGCUGGGCCCCAAUUAUCUUUACCUCAUGAUGAUGAACAUGCAGAUUCCACUUGUACUUUGUUACUGUGCGCAAGGGGUGAGGGGAAGAGGAAACAGCCUCUUUUAAAGAAUUAAGAACUUUACAAGUCCGCCUUUUAAACGCACAAGAAUGACCUCUAAUUUCAGCACAAAUUACCAAUAUUUCAGUGUGGAUUUUAGGAUGCUUGAUGUUGGUUGUGGAGGACCUCGAAACAAGUCUACACUCAACCACUCUGACUGUGGUUUAGACAAACAUCAAAGGUUUAUUAUUUAAGUGGAGCUAUUAGCACAUUGAUGGCAAGCCAGUUUGAGUCCACAGACCCUGCUGCUUUGAACCCAACACCUAGUUUCACCUGUAAGAUUGUUUUUUGCUUUUCAGUAUUACUCUGUGAAAUGUUCAUUCAUGUCUGCAUCAGUUUUUUUUUUUUUAAUUAAGAUUGCAAAAUUCUAUCUUUAAGAUCCUUAGGUCUUCACUCUUCAAGAGGAAAAAUGUAUUUUAAACCUUUAUUUGUUUUUCAUUUUGUUGCAUGCUUUAAAAAGUCCUUGUAUUAUACUGACGUCUCUCAGAUAGGUGUUGAAAAACUCAGAUGGGGUGGGUAGCUGGCUAUUGGGAUGGUUUUUACCAAAAUAUAUACCCAAAGAUGUGUAUGUGUGUGUUAGGAUUGCGUUGGAUGGAAUUAACCUUUGACCUUUGCGAUUGUAUUUCCUGUUCUCUAGAGGCUCUGCAGAGCACAACCUGUUCAGCCGGCCGUGCCUCAAUUCCUGAGAAACAAUAGAGGCAGAGUUUUCAAAUAAAUGCAGAAGGCUGGUGUGCCCCUUGACCAUUAGUGCUUAAUUUUCUUUAGCUCCUGCUAAUAUUAAUAAUAUGGGUAGACAUAUUAACAUAUUGUCCUUUCCACGCUCAAACCCUGUGACUUAGGAAGUUGUAAAAGCUUCCUACUCGGCAUAGAUUUACCUUUCCAACAAUGAUGAAUCCAUACGGCGGCCAUUUUGUGUUGGACCUAGUAACGGGAACUCUCUUCUCUCACUGUCAUGUGAGAAGCAGCUAGGUUUCUUCAGCACAAAACUAGCAAUCAGCUUCCCUCCUCAUCUUUACAAGAAUCCAGGAAGUGUGGUGAUGGCUGCUGAGCACGUGAUCGGUUGACUGCACUCCUGUUCGGCUGGGGUUUUUUUUGUUUGUUUUUUAUUUUAUUGGGCCCCUGUGGUUUCUGUCCACCAUUUUAUUUCUGGCCUCUCACGGCUUAAAGAGAGAGAAAAAGCAAAGCCGCACCAGGUGACGUGUGCAAGGUCAUAGACCUCCUUUUAAUGAUUGUAUAUUCAUAAAGAAA